CCGGCGUUGCCAGCUAUCGAGUGCGAAUGGGUAACAUUCUCCAGUGCAUUUGGCAUUGAAACACCACCAUUUCAGGGGGGAGCCCAACCCUCACAACGACAAACUGUGGGCUUAUUUUUGGAAUCUCCAGAAUCAACACAGAGGAGACGAGACCAAUGGAGAACAAGACACUUCCAAUACCCGGCGAUGAUAGGUGGAUAUGCUGUCCAGCUGGCUGUUUCCACCAACUUCACUGCCUGGGCAUCUAUCGUGGGGUUGACAAGUCAAAACACGGAUGACUCGAUGGGGAUUGAGCACAUAGAUCACUGCAUUGAUAUGCUAUGGCAAAGCAUUAUGCCACAUCACCCCCACCACUUUUGCUCGGAUGUCACUAACACUCCCAUGAAGGUCGUUGCCGAAGUCGUUCACACAUGUCGUAGUUCUUCUAAGAUUCAGCAAUGGGCUUGGAACAGGCGACUUAUGCAUAAGGUGGACAAGGAUACUGUCGUCAAGGAUGAUCCUCUCGGCUGUGGGACGUAUACUUACACCCCGUGA